AUGGCGCAAGCCGUCCGGCUUCCUCCUGCCGAUCGUCACUGGGAGCAGCUGCAGCCCCCCGGCCCGGUUCCUGCGGGGAGACAUGGCCACUGCGCUGGAGCUGCCGGGCGGCGGAUGUUCGUCUUUGGAGGCCGUGGAGCAGACCUGCUGGGUGAUCUCUGGAGCUUCGACCUGGAGGCUCAUCACUGGGAGCAGCUGCGGCCGCCUGGCCCGGCACCCGCGGCGCGCCAAGCCCACACUGCGGCCAUGGCCGGGUGGCGGAUGCUCCUCUUCGGAGGUCGCGGAGAAGACUUGCUGGAUGAUCUGUGGAGCUUCGACCUGCAGGCUCAUCGCUGGGAGCGGCUGCUGCCCCCCGGCCCAGCGCCCGCGAAACGACAACACCACAGCGCGGCCGUGGCCGGGCAGCGGCUGCUCCUCUUCGGAGGUUAUGGCGGACAAGACGUGCUGGAUGAUCUGUGGAGCUUCGACCUGCAGGCUCAUCGCUGGGAGCGGUUGCGGCCGCCCGGCCCAGCGCCCAUGAAGCGGUUUGGCCACACUGUAGCUGUGGCCACCGGCCUCUUCGGACGUGAGAUGCUCCUCUUCGGAGGCGACAGUGGAGAACCUGCCAACAGCGUGCUGGAUGAUCUGUGGAGCUUCGACCUGCAGGCUCAGCGCUGGGAGAAGCCGAGGCCGCCCGGCCCGGUGCCCAUGAAGCGAUUUGGCCACAGCGCAGCUGCGACCGGGCAGCGGAUGCUCCUCUUCGGAGGUUAUGGCACCGGCCUCAGAAAGCUCUGCGGUUCCCCUCUGUGUUCGUGUUGCCCCCCUUUGUCCCCUUUCUUUUGUGAACGCGAACACAGCGCGUUGGCCGUGGGUGAGGUGGAGGAAGCCGGCUGA